UUUGGGUACAGCAGUUUUGAAAAACAGCAUGCUUCCCUCCUAUCGUGAGGACAGGAAGAAAAUACCAACAGCUUCAAAAACCAUCUGCCACAAUGAAUCAUUAAUGACCAGUUUGCGGACUAGAGAAGAAAACAGUGAGAAAAACUCUUCUGAGUCUAGUGAAGACCUUAUAGAAGAAAAACAGAGAAGUGUGAAUCUUGAAGAACUGAAAGACUGGGAACUGAAGAACAUAGUUAAGAUGAGUGGACCAGCUGGGAAGGUAGUGCCAAGUUCAAUGGCUAAUUUGCCACUGAGAUUUGGCCGAAACUUCCUGGAAAGAAGAAAUAUCAAACCUACAGCCAAUCUGCCCCUCAGGUUUGGAAGGGCUUUUAGAUAUUUCUCACACAGUUUUGAGAAAGCUCCUUCAGUUCAAAGUUUCUUCCAUUCACUGGCCAACCUACCAGAGAAAUUUGGGAGAUCCUUUCUUUUCAGUUUGAUUCAAGGCACCCAGGAUUGUGACCAAAUCAAAAAUAGACUUGGCCAUUUGAACAAACUUUUGAAAAGGAAUUCUGGAAAUGAAGAGGCAAGCCAUCAGAAUAUGCAGGACUAGUUUUCUUUCUGAAAUGCCAAUGUGGUAGAAAGAAAAAAUAGAAAAAGAAAAAUAUCUGCUGUCAAAUUGUGAU